AUCCUGGAAACAAGUCCCUUAUUAUAAUUUGAUCAGUCAAUUGUAUAUUUGUCAUGGAGAUUAUUUAUCAACCAUUCAAUAAAAACCUUUAUUAUAUAAUCAUUAAUCUAUUUAGUAUCCAAUUUAAUUUAUCUUAUCAACAAUUGUAUCCAACUGAUUUUCAAUCAUUAAAUUUAGGUUCAUGUAUUAAAAAUGAUGGUGAUCUAUUUUGUCAAAUGUAUAGACGUAAUAGUUUUUGUUCAAUUCAACAUGAUGAAUGUUUUUGUUUACCAGGAUAUGUAUCAAUUUAUGAAAUGAAUGAUAGUUGGUAUACAUGUAAACCAUUACUUACAGAUUUAUACUGUCGUAUAGAUUCAGAUUGUUCUUAUAUUCAUGGCAGUAUAUGUCAUCCAGGAGUUGGUGCAUGUGUUUGUCCUAGUGGUUAUGAAUUUGUAUUUCAACAUUUUUCUUGUUUACCUCGUGUAAAUGACAGUUCGAAUCCGUUUUGCACAGCUUGUCAAAGAAUUGAUGGAGUAUGUGUGCUAAAUAAUAGAAAAAAUGGUUUAUUAUUGGAUAAAUAUCACCAAAAUGAUCUUCAAUGUGCAUGUCCUAGAAAACCAAACAUUUCUGUGAUAAAGAAAUACUCAUUUCUUGAUAUAUGCAAUCCAAUUCCUGUUGAUAUUGGAGAAGAAUGUAAUCAUAUUAAUAAAGUAUGCCUUAGUCAAAAAGCAAUUUGUCUUGAUAGUUCAAUCAACAUACGUCAAACACAAUCGACAACAAAUCGUAAUGUAAAUAUUUGUGUUUGUCAUGAAGGUAUGAUUCCAGUAUAUCAGAAGAAUUUAGACUAUUUUGAAUGUUUUAUCGAAGAAACUGAUCCAACUAUUAUUGAUUGUCAACAUUGUUAUCAAUCAAAUGGCAAAUGUUAUCGAUUUAAUAUUGGAUCAAUAAAUCGAAGACAAUAUCAAUAUAGUUGUUCAUGUUCAUUAUUUAAACAAAAUGAUCAAUCACUUAGUGAUUAUUAUUAUUAUCCAUAUUAUUUAGAUAUAAAUUCGGAUAAAACAAAAAUCAAUAUUGAAUCUGAUCAAUAUAAACAACGAGAACAGUUAUCAGAAUUUCAUAUAAAGAGAAAAGAUUGUAUAGAAUAUUUAUUACAGAUUACAUGUAAUCAAGAAAGUAUUCAUAUCUGUUUUAAAAAUCCAUAUCAAACAUCAAUGAUAAGAACCAAUCAUAGAUCAAGAAAUAUUCAAGUCUACUUGGAUGCAUCAAGAAUCUAUCCAGAAUUCAUUCAACAUGAAUUCAACUAUUCUAUAGAUAAUCAAAAAUGUUAUUUAAUCAAACAGAAUAAUCAUAAUCAUAAUGAAUAUUGUUUAUUAAUUAAUUUUAAUCAAUUCAAUGAAUUGAGACAAUGUGGAAUUUAUGAAAUAAGUUAUAAGUAUGGAUCUGUAUUUUAUGGCACAUUACAUGCUGAAAUUACAAAGAAUGAGGUUUCAUUAUUGAGAAACGUUCAUAUUGACUUUGUUUGUCAUAUCAAUGUUUCUUAUUUGAAUGGAUCAAAUCUAUCUACUUCAUACUUCUAUGAUAGAUCGAUCAUCUUUAAAAAAAGAACUGGUCAGCUUGCUUUAUCUCAAAAAUCCCCGGGAAUCAACAACUUUCUCCCAACGAAACACAUCGAAAAAGACACUUUGCAAGAUGAAAAAACACGAAAUACCAAUUCCAGUUCAAUAUCUUUGUCUAUAAUUAACUUAACCAAAAAUAUUUCUCAAAAUCAAGAAAUGACAUUAAAAAUCUCUUCAACAUUAUCUGAAUUCAUAUUAAUAGAAUAUUGUUUGGUCAAAGGUCAAUCGAUUCCUUCCAAAGUACUGCCAACAUAUGAACAUGAAAAACUCUUAGAUUUAAAAUGUUUCAAUACAAACAUUCAUAGAAUUAAACAAAUCAUUGAUAUCUAUAAUAAUAAUCUAAUAGAAUAUCAAUGUAUUUUAUUCAAACGAAUCAUUCAUCAUCGAACAUCUAAUAACAAUCAUUCAAUUUGGAUUAGUCAAUCAUUUCAUUUAAACAAUAUCUCAUUGUAUAAUACUGUUUAUUCUACUUGUCUUAUACGUGUUUGUCAAAUAGAACAACUUUGUACAUAUGCUGAAUUUUAUUCAUUGAAUAGAACAAAUAAACAAUAUAAUGAUCCAUAUGUACAGUCUAAAGUGUAUAUACCAUUGAUAAUGUUGAAUAAUAAUAAUAACUAUAGAAACAAAUCGAAAUUAUCCCAUUUAUUCCCGCCAAUAAAUUUUAAUAAUUUAAUACAAUUUUACUUUAUUCAAUCUACAUUGCAAAUAAAUCAAACUAAUAUUAACAUACAAUUGAAUGAUUCUAUUGAUGUAUAUUUUAAACAUUCAACUAUAAAUGUGAACAGAUCACUCGAAUAUGUUUGGAUUAAAUAUAUAUUGGGAAUUUCCAUUUUUACUUUAAUGUGUCAAAUAAUAAUAUUUUCAUUUAAACAUCUGAAGAAAUGCUACACAAAAUACAAAUUUGUCAAUCAUAGAAAUCCAUUUGUAAUGACAGCAGUUACAAACGAAGUUCAACAGUCUGUGAAUAGAGAUGUAAACUCUAAACAAAUUUGUCACAAUGAUUUACAUGUUGAAAAUAAAUGUGAAUUACAUAAUACUAAUGUCAUAAUGAAUGAUAAUAGAUUAAAUAAAGAAAUAAAAGAUAUUAAAUGUGAUAGAAUUGAACAUAAUUCACUUGAUUAUCAACAACAAACUAGUCAUUCAAUGACAUGUUUAUUAAUUUAUCCAUCUAAUAAAUCAAAUAAAUGUCGUCUCUUAUUUAAUCAUAAUCAUAAUCAUAAUAAUAAUACUAGAUUACAUUAUACGAAUUCAUGUCUUUCAUCACCUAUUCAUUGCCAAUACAAUCAAAAUCAUCUAUCACAGUUUAUGAUUGAUUCAUGUGUAAAAUCAAAAAAUAUCAACUUAUCACAACGUAUAAGUAAAUCAACAUUGAAUAUUGCUACUAAUCAUCAAAUGAAAGUAUCAACAGAACAAUUAACAUUGAAUGAAUAUGAUAAAAUGAAUCAAGUAAAUCAUAAAAAUCAUUCACUUUUUAAUAAUUAUACACAUAGAAAUGUAUUUUUACCAACUUGUUAUCAUAAUGAUUGUUUAAAACAAAAAUAUGGUUAUUGUACAGUAUAUCAUAGUUUAAAGAAUCAAGAUUAUAAAGAUGGUUGGGUUUAA